AUGCCUGGUCUCGUCAUGGACGAUGCCAGCGCGAGUGGAUCCAGACAAUGGGCGAAUUCACAUGAUAGCCACGGUCGAGAUAGGGCAACAGAUCUGUCGCAUAAACAAAAUGGCGAGACAGGAACCUCAGGCAAGGCGUUACAAUACGGAAAUGGUCCGAAAGAAAGCGAAUCUUUCAACUCCUUAACAAUACAGAAACAGGAAAAACAUACUGCUGUUAUUCCUGAUAUAACACAAUGGCAAAACCCCCCGGAGCUUUUGCAUAUCACACACGGAUUUUUUCCUUUCGCGCAACUAGUAAACAGGGCUGUCCAGCAGUGUUGGAACGAGCUCUCAGAAUUGGUUACCGAAUUAGCAGAGAUCAAUGUUGCAUCACAGCCAUCGCAAGCGGCUCUUGCUAAUGGCAAGGCCUUGGGAAAUCAAACAACGGAGAAUGUGCAGAAGAAAGUCCGACUUCUAGAAUUUGCACAAUCGAAAAGGACUGAAUUCAUCAAGCUUCUAGUGCUGUCUCAAUGGAGCCGCCAAGCUGAGGAUGUCAGUAAGCUGAUUGAAUUGCAAAGCUUUAUUAGGGUGCGGCAUAUGGCAUAUCAAGCUGCGAUUCAACGAGUGGCAGAUAUGAAGAGGGAUCUAGUGAGGGCUCAGGUUGCAAACCCAGACUUAGAAACAGCCUUAGAAAUCUUAACGACAGGCCGUAUUGCUAACAUGUCAGAUCUUGGCUAUAAGCCUCCAAAGCCGCUAAGUGCCAGACGCCUCUUGAAAACCUUGCAGAAAAUAAAUCGAAUUAUCAGUACACGCCUAGUGACGUUUGAUUCAAUACCGGUCUCGAUGAAUAAUUACCACGUUCACGAUGGCCGCGUCACAUUUUUCGUGCACAAAGAGUUUGAAAUCGAUCUAUCAAUUGCCGAGGAAGAUCCUCUUUCUCAAUUUUAUUUCAUUGACAUUCGCUUCCUCUUCACACCAUCCUCCCCUAUACCGAAAGGCCGUUUUUUUAACGAACUUGACGUACGGAUCAACAAUAUUCUAAAAUCACACGGCCUAGCGGGCUGCUUUGACUUUGUCCACAAUCUUGUUCUUGUGAACAAGAUAAGUAUCCUUUUUAAACAGGCGAUUGACCUAUCAAGAGGGCAGUGGGCAGGCGCUUUGCGCGUCGAGUUGUUGCAUCGCAUCCUAGUGGUACAGUACUGGCCGGACAAAGUUGGAUCUAAAAGCUGGGUAGAAAUUGGUGUUCAAAGUGGUCGUCAGCAACAUCGGCAAAUCCCUUAUAUUGGCCUUCGUUGGAUCCGCGAAGGAAAAGUAGUUGACUCAUCGGACGUCGUAUUUGAUAUGGAAACCCUCUCCAUGGAGUCUAUUUUGCGCAGCGUGAUCGCCAUCCAUACCUCUCAUUCACUUCUUUCAGCUUACGAUCGUAUCCGAUCCGAAACCUUGUUUGCCAACCGUCAGCUUUCAAUCAAAGUUCAAAUGUCUACGGUUGAACCUGGAAGUUGCUGUCUUCACGUGCAACUAACUCCAUCCCGCCAUCUUGAUGCAUCCUUAGAACCCGUUUCUGGUUCCAUAUCUAUACAUACCAAACCGUCACUUUUAUCUCGCCUUGAGAAGGGGGUUGCUGCAGAGGACGACCUUGCUGCUCGCAUAUCUCGACUUCGUUGCAUUGCUGCGAUGGAGGAAAUUGAGUCUAAUGCAAAAGUCAUUGGAUGGGAAAUCAUUGAUCAUCGGAGAUUCAAAGUUGAUAUACGGCGACUUUUCCCUAACAAUAUUCUACGCGCUUCUUUCUUCCGCAAUCGUGUGUGGGGCGCAUCAUGGAUCAUUGCGGCAACCACCAGUCUUAAUGGCGAUGACUGGUGGAUACUCCAUCUCAAACCACGACCUCCUUCGAACCCCAAUCAAAUCGAGCAAAAUCGCCCAGCUGCAGGAGGAUUUUCUAUCCAAUCCACGCGGGUUCUAGAAGGGAACAGGUUACUGUAUCGGCAGUUGUCCAGUCGCUUCUUCGCAGACCUCGAUUACUCAUUAACCGGUAUCCUUGUAAUGCACUCAAAUGCUUUAUGGCUGACAGAGUUGGCAUGUUUGAGUUCUUUGCCAACAGUGGGACAGUUACAACUUUCUUCCAAUUUGGAAGUACCAUGUCUCCAUGUAAAUCUGCAGAUGGAGAAACUUCCUGAAUCAUUACGUAUCCACCCACCAGCAGGUCUCAAGGGCAAGUCAUAUAUCCAACAUCCUAUCACACUCUCAUAUCAUGGAUUUGAUCAUCAAGCAAGACAUGCUAUUGUGAUGGCACAUGGACGUUUCCAUGGAUCCUUGAGGAAAUUGGGCCUUAUGACAUCUAAACUGGACGAGUCUGUACUUAUCCGACAGAGAGGCACUGCCUUUGCAAUGCGCUUUGUCGUUCCACCAGGUCAAACAAUUAUUGUUGAUCUAUGUGAACGAAUACAGCGACUCAAUAUGAUCCUUUCACUUUUCGAAACUCUCAAGCAGAACAAGACUACUGUACAGACCGUAUCUCUUUCACGACUGUCUUUUGUUUACGGACCACAUGAAGACCUACGGGCAAGCAUAUUAAUUCAUAUGAACGGGCCUGAUAAUAUAUCUGAUGUUGAUCCUUCCAAGUUUGGCUCGCAAAGUGGAUCGCUUUUCAGUCUAAACCUUGAUAUCUUAUUUGAUCGCCCAAAUCCUCACAGCCGGAUCAGGCAGUCCCUGGCAACAAUUUUGAAUGGAACCGGCUCGGGCACUGGAAUCGGUUCGGUUUUACAACUUCUCAGACUUACCCUCCCGCUACUCCGCGCCUUGGACCGCCUCGUUACUAAGCCUCUUCAUAGUCCCUCUUUAAAUAUACAAAUAUCAGUUCGGGGUGCCAAAGCUUACCAAAUUCGGUACUCCGCUUUGCAAUUCCGGUUUCUUUUAACAACCGGAUAUCACCGUGACCGUAUUAUCUGGACAUUGAAAGACACAACUAAAUCGCAAGACAGACGUGAAGCAGACGAACCUAUUGCAGCAAAGCUGCAAGAAAAAAUAUACCGUGGAAAGGGACUUGGCUGGCACGGUCUCGGAAACGGCGCUGUGGCCGAAGUGGAACAAGUAGGUAAUCUGCUUUCUGAACUUGACUCUUGUUUUUCAGAUGUGUCUAUUCCGGUGGUCUCGGAACAUCCACCGGCUGGUACUGCAGAGCAAACAUCUCGCAAAGACACAAAGGAUAGUGGAUUCGGUACGAAAGAGGGCCCUCAAUCCUCUCGUACCACAUUGCAUACGUCGAACAAGACGAAAAAUCGUGAUGUAAUUAUGAUUGAUUAA